AUGCAUUGGCGAGAAUUCUUAGAAGAGAAAGACCGGAAGAACCAAGUUAGAAGGUAUUAUAUGGUGGUUGCCGUCUGGGCAAAGGACCUAGGCGACGUUUAUGAUGCAGAAAAAAUUGCAUUUGGACUAGAAUACUCUGACCUAAGCCCUGACAAGCGGCGACAACUAUGGCACCAUCACUACGAAUACCUCAUAGAGGGUGGCAUUGUGGAUGUGUCUCGGGUCCUGGCUGUAUUUAAAGGUGGGGGCGGUAUCCGCAACAUCACGUUCGAAUGUCCCUAUUACAAGUUCACAGCCAGAGUUCCUAGCGAAUAUUUGAUUGGCAAAGGUUUAAGGACUCCGCUGGAGGACAUCGAAGACGAAAUCUAUCGCCAUACAGGUGUACACGAUGCAGUACAACGCGAUCAGCUUGUGAAGUCAAUCAGCGGUGUGUGUGCCAAACACUUCUCUGACUACAUGGUCAAACUGUGA